AUGAAAGAUAGUCCCAACAUAAUUCAACGUUCAUCGGAAAAUAAAUCAAGUAUCAUACAUAAAUAUAUUGAAGACAAAAGGGAAGAUGAGAGAGAAAAAAGCACUUCGCAAAUGAGUUUGCUGGAAAUUCAGUUGAAUCAAAAGAGGUGGGAGGGUGAAAGUCAUUGUUUGAGCUUAUGCCAUGAACAAUAG